AAUUAGUCAAACAUCAUGGGAACCCACAAAAGCAAGAGGUGAGCCUAUCCAAGCCUGAGCUGUUAUCGAGGGCAGAGCCAAGUGAAGACACUGUUUGGAUAACCCUUGCUCGGACACCACAGCUCUGACUUGCGUUGCAAGGCAAAUAUUUACCUAUGGCCUAAACAAAGUCAGUGUUUCAAAACUUUGUGCAAAAUACUACAUAACCCCCAUCAGUUUCCUUGAACUUGUCUCAGAGAAGGAAAGAUCUUGUGUCUAGUCCCUAUGCUGGCUGUUCUCAAGAGACAAGCAGGAAGAAAAUGAAGUGUCUGAUCUACUUCAUGGUUUUGUUCCUCAUUUCUGAAGUAGGAAGCUUUGAUCUUGUUAUCGAUGGAAUCCCAGAUGAAGUGGAAAAUCUGAUUGACGUGGAAAUCGAUGGAUUUCCGUCAAGAUCCAGGACAAGAAAUGGCAGAUACCAGCGAAGCACAUCCGACUGGGGGUAUGUUGGAGAUCUGGUGGAGGAUGAUGACAAGAUAGGUCUUUACAGCUAUAAAGUUCAAUCCACUAUAACAUCACGGCUGGCCAACACAAUGAUCCAAGCCAAAAUGGUGAAUAAUGCAAAACGGUCCCAGCACAUAGUGUUUGAUGUGCAGGUUCCAAAAGGAGCUUUUAUUGACAACUUUACUAUGGAUGUCAAUGGUAUAACAUUUACCAGCUCAAUUCGAGAAAAGUCUGAAGCCAGAAGAAUGUACUCCCAAGCAAAAGCCAAAGGCAAAGCUGCUGGAAUAGUGAGGAGCAAUGCCUUGGAUAUGGAAAACUUCAAAACUGAAGUGAAUGUGCCCCCAGGAACAAGGAUCCAGUUUGAACUUCACUACCAGGAAAUGAUUCGAAGGAAACUGAGCUCCUAUGAGCACGUUAUCUCCGUGAAGCCAGGGCGCUUGGCAAAGCACAUGGAGGUGGAUGUCCGCAUUAUUGAGCCACAGGGAAUUCGCUAUGUGCAUGUUCCUAAUUCACUCGGAGAUCAUUUCAAUGGAAUCACCACCAUCUCCAAGGGAGAGAAAAAGGCUCAUAUUUCUUUCAAGCCAACAAUGGCUCAGCAACGAAAAUGCCCGACAUGCUCGUCCACAGCAGUAGAUGGAAAUUUUGUGGUGCAGUAUGAUGUGAACAGAGAAAGCAAGGGUGGAGAAUUAGAAAUUUUUAACGGCUAUUUUGUUCAUUUCUUUGCUCCGGAAAAUCUUGAUCCUCUGCCCAAAAACAUUUUGUUUGUUAUAGAUGUCAGUGGAUCAAUGUGGGGACUGAAAAUGAAACAAACCAUCGAGGCCAUGAAGGCAAUAUUGAGCGAGCUCCGUGCUGCUGAUCAGUUUUCUCUUAUUGACUUCAACCACAAUGUCCGAUGUUGGAGGGAUAAUUUAGUCUCAGCCACCCCAGCACAGGUUGAAGAUGCUAAGAAGUACAUCCAGGCAAUCCAUCCCAACGGGGGCACAAAUAUCAACGAAGCUCUUCUCCGAGCCACAUUCAUCCUGAACGAAGCUCAAAAUUUAGGCAUGUUGAAUCCUGACUCAGUUUCCAUGAUUGUAUUGGUCUCUGAUGGAGACCCAACAGUAGGUGAGCUAAAGCUGACAACGAUCCAGAAGAACGUGAAGCAGAGCAUAAAGGAUGAAUUCUCUCUCUUCUGCCUCGGCAUUGGGUUUGAUGUAGAUUAUGAUUUCCUGCAGAGAAUCGCAACUGACAACCGUGGCAUGGCCCAGCGGAUUUUUGGAAAUCAGGAGACCUCUGCCCAAAUGAAGAGAUUCUACAACCAGGUCUCCACCCCGCUCUUGAAGAAGAUACAGUUCAACUACCCCCAGGAAUCGGUGUCAGAUGUCACCCAAAGCAGCUUCCACAACUACUUUGGCGGCUCAGAAAUAGUGGUGGCUGGGAAGGUUGACACAGCAAACCUGCAGCACUUGGAAAGCGUAGUCACAGCGACAGCAGCAAAUGCAGAGCUUGUCAUGGAAACUUUGCGAGAUGUUGAAGAGCUGGAUGGUUUCAUGAAGAAAGACAAAUACGCAGAUCCGGAAUUCACUAAGAAGCUGUGGGCCUAUCUGACUGUUAACCAGAUGCUGGCAGAGAGAAACACAGCCCCCACUGCAGCUUUGAAGAGGAACAUCACCAAAUCCAUCCUACAGAUGUCCCUUGACCAUCAUAUUGUUACGCCCUUCACUUCCAUGCUGAUAGAGAACUCUGAAAAAGAUGAGAUAAUGCUGGCAGAUCAGCCCAGAGACCCCAGGAGGGGAUGCUGCUCAGGUACUUUAGGAUUAACUCCAAAUGCACCCGAUAAUAAUAGAGGUAUCCCACCCUGGGCCAAUGUCACUGCCGUACCGGUCAGCUUCAUGCCUGAGCAUAGGAGUUCUCCUGUGUCUGCUGUCAGCAUAAACAGAGUUGACAAUGACCCACAUUUCAUCGUAUACCUGCCCAAGAGCCAGAGGAACAUCUGCUUUAAUAUCAACUCAGAUCCCGGACAUAUCCUAAACUUGGUUUCUGAUCCUAGUACUGGAGUCGUCGUCAAUGGGCAGCUAAUUGGGGCCAAGAAGGAGGAGAAUAAGAAACUCAGCACCUACUUCGGCAAAUUUGGUUUUUAUUUCAAAAACAAAGGCCUGAAAGUGGAGAUUGACACAGAAACAAUAACGCUGAAAGAUGGAUCUUACAGCAUCACGUUGACCUGGUCUGACACAGGACACAUCAUUCGGAAACAGCUUCUCAUAUCGGUGAAGAAAGCAAGCAACGUUACUAUCAGAGUGGGUGAGGAAAUGUCCUUCAUGGUUUUACUGCACCGCGUGUGGAAGAAUCACCCGGUGAACGUUGACUUCCUGGGAAUCUACAUCCCCCCUGAAAACCAGUUUUCUCCUGAAGCUCAUGGGCUGAUAGGUCAGUUUACAUCUGAACCAGAAGUGUAUAUCCACAACCAAAGACCCGGGCAAACUCCAGAGAAACCACAAGCCACCAUGGAAGUGAAAGGAAACAAACUCACUGUUACUAGGGGACUGCAGAAGGACUACAGGACAAGCCGUGUGUUUGGGACUGACGUGCAGUGCUGGUUUGUGCACAACAGUGGGAAAGGUUUCAUAGAUGGCCACUACAAAGAUUACCUCGUCCCCCACCUGUACAGCUUUUUGAAGAAACCCUGAACGCUCAAGCACUAAACCAGUUUAUUAUAGAAAAUUCUUCUCUGCUCCUUCACACCCAGACCGGUAGCUGUCAGCCUAUCAAGCCAGAAUGACCAAAGGUGACAUCACCCCCACUUCCUUUAUAAGUGAUCAGUGUUUCAAAUGUAACUCCCUCUUCCAUUAAAAAAAUAAAUCUAUAAUAAACUGACAUGCUGGAUUGUAGGAGGUACCUCGAACUUGCUCUGUCUGAUUUUAGUGGAUGUUAAAAAUUUCAGCUAUUUUGUAAUAUACAUCUCACAGCAGACUUGUAAUAGCAUUGUGGCUUCUAUAGUGUGGGUAACAUGCACAACCAAAUUUAGAACUCAUGCUUUCGUCAUUUCAGAGAGCAGGGAAAAUAUAAGUUCAUGCACUGCUGGACUGGGCAAAAAAACAGCGGGGUUAAGAUAAGCCCAGCCAGGAUGAUGUGCAUUACAUACUUGACAAAUCUAACAGAAAAGGAAACAGGGAUCAUGAAGAGUCCCUAGUCUUCUCAGAUGUGCUAACCAGUGGUCAGAAGGGUCCUUGAAAUAGUUCAUGCUACCACAUUGCAGGAAAAUGAAUGAGGUGAGCCCAGAAUAUCUCUUUUUUUGUUGUUUUGGUAAGCAUUUCAGCAUCAGUGAAAUUCCAACCCAGCUACAGAACUGGGAAGGUAAAGAGCCUGGAAUUCAGACUACACAGAAAUCACCAGCAGUACUAAAAGCUUCACUUCCAGGGGGACUAGCUCCCAGAAGAUGUCAUACUCUUCAACAGUAACAGAUCAGAUCAGUACUGAAGCAACCACGCACAUGUACGUACCUACAGCUGGAUUUAAAACUCUGCUUUCACAGGCAAUCUUAGGAAAAAAAAAAAAAAAAAAGUUGGCCAGAUUCUUCUCAGCAGCCCUAAUGUAGAACAGGCACUCAAGUAAUCCACUUGCCUUCCUGAACGUUGGUGCCCUUUGCCUGUGAACCAAAGACUGGUAUGUGAUCCUUUCAGUUUUGUUGUCAGGAGUGCACGGAUUAACGCGUAUUGAGUAUCUCUUCAGAUCUCUCCUCAGAACUGCAUGCGUGUCUUCUGUCUGAAGUUCCUUUCUGCAUAAUUCUCCAUUUUUUUUUAGAUACUGCAUUACUGCUUGACUUAUAUUGUGCUUGGGAUCCCUGGAAAGCCAUUCAGAUCCCCUGUGUGAGGUUAUUCCAGACAGCAGCUGUUUCACUCAACCUCUGCAGUCUUUCAGCUUUCCUGCAGGGGUCCCCUGGAAACCACGAAUCAGGGUUCUCUGAGGUAGAGCAAGGGACAAGCAACACUGACUUUGCCACUGGUAACCUGAACUUUUAGACUGCAGUAUAACUGGGGUACACAUCCACAACAGCAUCCUGCUCUAUUCAGCCCACUAAGGAAGGGAUACUUCUUUACUUCCAGUACUUGAAGGGAGCGUAUAAACAGGAGGGGGAACGAUUGUUUAUGAGG